GUGGCCCAGUUGCCCCUGUCGGUGAGCGACGGCCGCUGGCACCACAUUUGCAUCACCUGGACGACGCGGGACGGCUUCUGGGAGGCAUACCAGGAUGGGGAGAGGCUGGGCACCGGGGAGAACCUGGCCCCCUGGCACCCAAUUAAACCUGGAGGGGUGAUCAUCCUGGGACAGGAACAGGACAUGGUGGGGGGUCGUUUCGACGCCACCCAGGCCUUCGUUGGCGAGCUGAGCCAGUUCAACAUGUGGGACCGGGUCCUCCGGCCUGUGGACAUCAUGGGAAUGGCCAACUGCUCCUCCUACAUGCCCGGGAACAUUGUUCCCUGGAUCGACACCAACGUAGAAGUCAUGGGAGGAGCAUCCAAGGUGGCGUUGGAGAUCUGCGAGGACCGUAUGUUCGAACCGUAAAGGAGUUGGAUGUGUAACGUUGUCAUGACACUGGGUUCCGAAGGUUCCGGAGGCUUGAGAGGUGGUUCUGGUUCCGCGCUCUCUGUGCUGCUUCAGAAACACCCCUCAAGGAGGAAAAAGGGCUCAACGGGUAUUGCCUUUGUUUACAGACCUAGAUCUAGUAAAUGGGUCAACUUCUUCUUUUCCCAAUGUGUUUUGGUGUGAUUUUCCAUGCUUAAGUACAUGGCUCACAAGUUCAUGCCCAUUCCAACRUGAUUCUAACUAGAGGAUUUUACAGAGAACCCACUUGAGACUGAGGACUCUCUACUCUGUAUUCUGUCUUUUACUCCUUUAGCUAGAUAUCCUUUUGACUGAGUCAUGUUUGAACACAGCUCCUCUCUAAGGCAUUUCAAACACUGAUAAUUGAGCACUGUACUGUAUUCAGAGAAUGUGAGCUAAUAUAUAACCCAUAGAAGCUUUUAUUGUGUUGUGUGGACAGCUAUUUCUGAGUUGCAUGGCAAACUUCUUCGGUAAAUGAUGUGAGCUUGUGUUCCUUUGCAGUAAAAAGAAGCCCCAUGUUCCAGAGAGGGCUAUUGAUGAGUAUAGAAUGUAAAGGCAAUGGUGGAAUAGACCAUUUUCAACGUGUGCAUGUGUUUUGACCUGUCACUGAGAGUAUUGAGUGCAAAAGUGAAUGCAUGCGUACUGUAUGUGUGUAUAUGUGUGUGCAUGUGUACAUGCACAGGUGGGUGUGUUUACUGUAAUAGCAGUUUGUGUGGGUGUGUGCACGCUCUCGUUGUGUAAAAGGCCCUAGAGAUUAGUGACGAGGACAUUCACAUUCUUGUAAAUCUAUUCUAAUACCUCUCCUCCCCUUGAGCAGCUGCCAUCCCAAGCAGCUUUGUGCAGCGGCCGGCCCAGGCAGGUUAAAAGCAAAGUCGGAAAGCUGCCGAGGACUGGCGGGAAGCCGGGAAUUCAGCGCUCUGUGUGCCACACUGGGGGAGCGUGGGUUGGAAUGGGAUGCCAGGGACUGGAUGACCUUCAAGGAAGGAUUUUGUCCAUAAUCUGUGUUAGUAAAUAUCAUGUUUGUCAAAUGAAUGAGAAGAUGAAUGUGAGCUAUUUUACUAUCCCGUUGCAUUGUAUAAUAUAGAGGCAUUUUGCUAUAAGCCAGAGAGACGCUAUGAAAAUGAAGACUGUGAAACUAAAGAUGAGAAGAGAUCUGAAUGUUUCUGGUUGGAACAAGACAAAAAGCACUGGAACACUUUGCUAUGUUUCUGUUUGUAGAAAAUGUCUUUAAUUUCCUUAGGGAUAAGAAAAAAGAACCACGUUCUGAAUUAAUGUUGUGGUUCAUUCCAGUCCAUUUAAACUACAGUGAUUUGAAAUGUGGUGCAGUAGAUACGUGUGUCAAGUUUGCUUCUUCAACGCUGUUCACACUUGUUUUGCUGCAACACAAUACCACAAUGCCUGUCAAUUCAACCCUUAUCUGGUUAUGAAGAGUGCAGAGGACUAACCUGAUGUUAGGAAACAAAUGGACGUUUGUCUCUUCCUUUCCUUUGGGACAUCUUGGAAAGAUUUAUGUUUGUAAAAACAGAACAGCGGGAUUCAGAACAUUUCUGAUGGCCUUUGAGAAUGAUAUAAUGCAGUAAUGUUUUAAAGGGGUACACACCUAUCAUUUUAGAACAUUUAAAAGUUAUUCUACAUAUGAAUGUCCUUUUAUGUGUUAUAUAAAUGUAUGUUUUAUUUCUGUAGAGACGAUUUCAUUUCUUGUAUUUUAUUAGCAUUUCUGCUCAUGAGUUAAUGUGUUUACCUGCACUGAGUCACUAUUUCAUUCAGAAUGUUAGUGGAAGAAGGACAUCUUCUUUUAAAAUGUUCAAUGGCCUUUUUUUCAGCACCGAAUGUGCUUUUUGUUUGCGGAUGAUUCAAAGCAUAAAGUUGGAAUCCUUAAGGUGAAACAGCCACGUCCGUUUGGGAUAUUACAACAACAGAGAAGUUACUGAAAACAACAAACACUGUAUUUCACCUCGGACAUCAUUGCACUACUUUUUUCUUUUUACAAUGCCGUGUGACAAAACAAUAGCAGCGGCGGUGGGAUGACCAGUAGUGCUGCUUUCCCCUACUGUGGAUUCCAUCUUUCAGUUCAGCAAAUAUAAUUUGUAUUUUUUUCCUACAAUGCAACCUUGGAAUUGUGAAAAGAUAAAUGAGAAACAAAAAGGAUUCAGCUGUUGCUUUAACCUCAUCUUCAUCUACCAUUUAUGUUCUGUGUCUCCAUGCAGUGUGGUUGGAUGUCCUCUUGCACCUAAUAAAAUAUUCAAAAUCUAAA